AUGGUCGGACGCGAGUGGGGGUUUUGUCACGGCGCCGCGGAGCUCGUGAUCGGGAUGACGCUGCUGAGCGAGCUCGGUCGAGCGGUCGAGCGGGCGUGCGGCACGCGGAGGUUCGCGGGGGCGACGUUGGCGGCGCGGUGCGCGAUGGAGAUCGUGUCGAGGGUCGCGUGGCGCGCGCGAGGGGUCGGGAACGACGUGUCGGGGCCGUACGGCGUGGUGUUCGCGCUGUUGGCGAUGUAUGGACGGGAGAUUCCGGCGACGGCGACGUACGCGGCGGGCGUCGGCCCGCUGAGCUUCGCGUUGAGCGAUAAAUCGUUGACCUAUUUCAGCGCUCUGUGCCUGGCGCUCGGUCGAGGGAUCGUCAGCGCGAGAUUGGCGCUCAUAGGAACGUUCGCGGGGUACGUCGUCACGGAUGGCAUCGGCCUCGAUCACCGCGCGUUGGCGGCGCCGGAGUGGGUGGCGAGCCUGUGCAGAGGCUUCGGCGCGCCCGGGCCAAUCAUCCGCGUUCGCGCGAGUAGUCGACCGCGAGGGCGCGGUGGUGACGGCGCGGUCGGCGUCGAACCGAGCGCGGAGAACAUUCAAUUGCUCGUGUCCAUGGGAUUCGAUGAAGCCGCCGCCGCUCGAGCGUUGCGCCGGGCGAACGACGACGUGCAGCGCGCGACGAACAUUUUACUCACGGCGUGA